UCUUUGCAGUUUUGUAAGCUUUGGGAUAACGAGGACAUCAUAAUAGGAAGCUCAGUAGUGCCGUUGAGAGGGGAAUCUUCUCAUCUGCCCAGGCAUGGCAAUUUUAAAAGGGCUUGCUUAGGUAGGGAGCAACAGGUUUAAUGAAGAGUUUGUGUGACAUAGGCCAGUAAUCCGUAUUGCAAGAAGUGGAGGUGAUGGAUGUUUUUGUAAAGUGGGGACAGUAAAUCUGGACAGCAGAGGUAGAAACCUGGGCUAAAUCCUGAUGGGCUGCACCGUGAGUUUGGCCUUUCUGGAGGAUGAACUUUGCAGUGUUCCAUUUGCUCCACAUAGUCAGUCCCAAGACACCAUCAACACCAUGUCAGAGCCUGAAGGAUUAGCUUCAAGUUCCCACACUUUCAAGACCAAGACAUUCAAGAAGCCCAAAACCUGUGUUAUCUGCAAACAGGUUAUCAACAAAGACGGUGUUUCAUGCAGAGUUUGCAGAUUUGUCUGUCAUAAGAAAUGUGAAACAAAGGUGAUAACUCCCUGUUUGCCACCGGUCAACUAUGAACUGCCAGAUAAUACAGAUUCCUUCUUACAUCACGUAGCCAGGACGACGUCCAGCACUUUUUCAAAGAGUUCGUCUUUCAGUUACGAUAAAAUAUCUCAAAGCGUGGAUCACAUUAUGGAGGAAGGCUAUGAACUUGACCUGACUUACAUCACUGAACGUAUAAUUGCAGUUUCCUUCCCCACUGCAUGUUCAGAGGAAACCUAUCUUCAUAACUUGCAAGAUGUUACACGAAUGCUUAAAUCGAAACAUGCAGACAACUAUUUGGUGUUCAACCUUUCAGAAAAAAUAUUUGAUCUGUCGAAACUUAACCCAAAGAUCAUGGACGUAGGCUGGCCUGACCUUCAUGCUCCCCCCCUUGAUAAGAUGUGCACCAUCUGCAAGGCCAUGGAGAACUGGCUCAACAGCGACUCCCAGCAUGUGGUGGUGAUUCACUGCAAAGGUGGUAAAGGUAGAAUUGGUGUUGUAAUCUCCUCAUACAUGCAUUUCACCAAUAUAUCUGCAAGUGCUGAUCAAGCAUUGGACCGCUUUGCAAUGAGGAAGUUUUAUGAUGAUAAAGUUUCAGCUUUAAUGCAGCCUUCACAAAAGCGAUAUGUUCAGUUCCUGAGUGGUCUUCUGGCAGGCUCUAUGAAAAUGAAUACUUCACCUCUUUUUCUGCACUAUGUCAUUCUUCAUGGGAUACCCAGUUUUGACAGUGGUGGAGUGUGUCGACCAUUUUUGAAAAUCUACCAGGCAAUGCAGCCAGUGUACACUUCAGGAAUCUACAAUGUAGGCCUGGAGAAUGAAAGCAGGAUAUGCAUUGCCCUUGAGCCAGCACAGCUGCUGAAGGGUGACAUAAUGGUAAAAUGUUACCACAAAAAGUUCCGGUCAGCUACACGUGACGUUGUGUUCUGCCUUCAGUUUCACACUGGCUCAGUGCAAGGUUACGGAUUAGUGUUUGGCAAGGAAGAACUUGAUAAUGCAAGCAAAGAUGACAGAUUUCCAGAAUAUGGGAAGAUUGAGUUGGUGUUUUCAGGCAGCCCUGAGAAAAUCCAAGGUUCUGAGAACUUACAAAAUGAUCAUGGUGUGACGGUGGAUUACAACAUUGCUGACCCGCUUAUACGGUGGGACUCCUAUGAAAACAUGACUUCAGAUGGUGAAGUGCUGCAUACUCAGGGGCCUGUUGAUGGGAGCCUGUAUGCCAAAGUGAGUAAAAAGAGCUCUUCAGACUGCAGCCUACCAGUGGGGGCCCAUGGGGUGGCAGUGACCAGCAGCCCUGACCACAGUGACCACACCUUGUCAGUUAGCAGCGACUCCGGCCACUCUACAGCAUCAAUACGGACAGACCGUAUCUCGGGGAUCAAGCGAGGACUGAGUACACAGGAAAAAGCUGAGCUUGAUCACCUCCUGAGCGGUUUUGGACUGGAGAACCUAGCUCCCUCCAAGGAAAUGUCAGGAGGGAACCAGCUGGGUGGUGUGCAACACAUUGUGCCUGCCCAGGUGCACAUCAAUGGGGAGGUAAAGCUCAAGGACAGGGAGACCGACAUCCUAGAUGAUGAGAUGCCCAACCACGACCUUCACAGUGUAGACAGCAUAGGCACCCUCUCGUCCUCUGAAGGCCAGCACUCCAGUCACCUUGGCCACUUUGGCUUCCACAAGAGCAGCCAAAACUCAUUGCUGUCGGAUGGCUUCGGCAGCAACACUGGCGACGAUCAUCAUACUCCCAUCGCCCCUGACCUGGGUAUCAGUGUGGACGUCUACGAAAGGGCCUUCAGCGAGGCUAAGCAAGGCUACCUGCCACAGAGAAUCCCCUCUGUUUCCACAGCUACCACACCCAAGCCUCAGGCUUUUGGACAGAGCGGUUACUCCACACAGACAUGGGUCCGCCAGCAACAGAUGGUGGCUGCCCAGCAGUAUACAUACUCGCCAGCUGAGGGUGAUGUGAGAUUCUCCCCGGAGAACAAAGAGUGCAAGCUUGAGACUCAGCCCAAGCUUCCAAAUACCUCCACUAGAGGGUGCAGCAGCAAGGGUGCUGUGCAGAGAGGGAUAGUUGUCGGGUCCCUUUCUACUGCCAAUAGGAGUCCAAAGGAAACUAAUGAUUUGGACCACACCUGCAAGGAAGAGGAGUUACCAUCCUCCCCCACCAUGGACAUCGAUCAGUCGAUUGAGCAGCUGAAUCAGUUGAUAAUGGAUCUUGACCCCACAUUUGUGCCUAUCCCUACACGUGUGAAUUCUGUAAAGAGGGGAGGCAUGGAUCAGAUGAACGGAUCUACUUUCAGUAAAGUGGAAGGAGUUGCCGCCACCAAUGGAGUGAAUGCCAUGUUUCAGGAUAAAAGACAAGUGGUGAAUCCACAAAACAUUUGCCAACCAGCUGUGCAAGCUAAUGAUACAACAAAUGGACGGACAAGGGAACUAAGUACUGGUCAGUAUGAUAACGAUGCAUCAAGACAUUUAGUGUUCAGCAGGCCUGGAUGGAUGAAGGCCGAAAAGGCCCAGAACAUAUCAUAUACUACAACUGUGCAAGCUUCAGAGCAUGCUUCAAGGUACAGAGACGGCAAUAAUGAAAUAGAUGGCAGGAUCAUGUCUCCAAUGGGAUCUGCCAACGAAAUGGUUCCUCCAACACCAGCCUUUCCAGUCUCCCCUAUAACACCUUAUGUGAAAAGUCCAGAUUUUUCAAUGAUGAAGCCUUGUGACCCACCAACCAACAAUAACUCAGAGAUGUACCGACUGACACAAGAACCCAGAAGCUAUGUGGAAGGCAUAAGCAAUUCAGCAGUGACGUCAGACAGCAAUGUGGGAGCCGUGUACAGAACUGAUGCCCAGAUGACAUCCACUUCCUGUCAGAGACCCUUUGGAUCUAUGUGUUCAGUAUCCACUGGUAGCCCAGUCCCACGAUCAGAGAGCCCCUUGUCCUCUGGGCAGCCAUGGUCAGAGAGUAACUCAAAGGCCCCUGUUUCCCUUCAGUCCUCUUUGACCGGGAUGAGCAGGUCCACCACCCACUAUCUUGGCACUGCAGAGUUCUCACCCAGCUCUGUCAGCCCCAGCCAAGACUCGGUUCUUCUGUCCCAGUACACUGCCUCCCAGAUAUCCCCAAACAGUCACAGGUCUCCUAGGGAGUUUCAGCAAGGUAAACUGGCCAACAACCAAGGCACCAAAGCCUGCUGGAGCUCCAGCAACAGCAGCAGUAUCAGUGGUGGGCAACAGUUUGAUGGGCAACACGCUUCCAUGUUUGCCAGUCUCCCUGUGGGCACAAACUCUCCCAGUACUGGAAAGUUGCAGAUGUCAGCCCUACUGGACAAUGAGAGCCCACAGCAUGGUUUGCUUACAGCAGCUGGGGGACUGGGCCAGCACAGCCCCACUUCAAGGCGCACAGGCAUGAAUAUGGCUUUGCAGCCUCCCCUCCCAGAAAAGAAGAGGGUCUCGGAGGGAGAACGUUCCUUCUGCUCCAUUUCUCCUUCCUCAAGUGGGUUUUCCAGUCCCCACAGUGGCAGCACCAUCAGCAUACCAUUCCCAUGUGUCCUUCCGGAUUUCUCCAAAGUUUUAAGCACUUCACCCAUGCCAGACAACCCUGCAAAUAAGCAAGUGACUGUAAAAUUUGUACAAGACACCUCCAAAUUCUGGUACAAGCCAGACAUUUCAAGGGACCAAGCAAUUGCAGUCUUGAAGGACAAAGAGCCAGGUUCUUUCAUUGUUCGAGACAGCCAUUCAUUCCGGGGUGCAUAUGGACUGGCGAUGAAGGUUGCUACGCCCCCUCCUUCUGUCCUGCAGCAAAACAAAAAAGUGGGAGAUUUGUCCAAUGAACUUGUCAGGCAUUUCCUAAUUGAAUGCACACAAAAAGGAGUAAGGCUAAAAGGCUGCCCGAAUGAACCCUACUUUGGAAGUCUUACAGCAUUGGUUUGUCAACAUUCCAUUACCCCACUGGCAUUACCAUGCAAACUCAUCAUCCCAGAUAGAGAUCCUCUUGAGGACGCUGGUGAGUCUGUGUCACAGUCUGCAACAAACUCUGCUGCUGAGCUACUUAAACAAGGAGCAGCCUGCAAUGUGUGGUAUCUGGGGUCGGUGGAAAUGGAAUCCCUCACUGGCUAUCAAGCAGUGCAAAAAGCCGCAAGCAUAUCUUUAGCCAUGGAUCCUCCCCCAACCUCCACUGUGGUGCAUUUCAAGGUGUCGGCUCAAGGCAUCACGCUCACAGACAAUCAGAGAAAACUAUUUUUCCGAAGACAUUAUACUGUCAAUACUGUUAUCUUUUGUGCAUUGGAUCCAAGAGAUAGAAAGUGGACAAAAGAUGAAGGUUUUUCAAAAAUUUUCGGAUUUGUGGCAAGAAAGCAAGGAAGUGCAACUGACAAUGUGUGCCACCUCUUUGCUGAACAUGACCCAGAGCAGCCUGCCAGUGCCAUUGUCAACUUUGUGUCAAAAGUAAUGAUAGGCUCUCAGAAGAAUAAAUAAUAUAACACACCCACCCCCUUAAAAAAGAAGUGCUUCGGUUUGUAUGAGUGUACUUUUAACAGGUUGUACAAGACUGACGAAGAUGGUAUGUGUAAGGUCUAUUUUGGAAGGGGUGUAGGGAAAGAGACCGAAUUAGGAAAGAGUGCUGUGUGUUAGUGGCACUUGGCUGAGAUCAGAGUGGUAUUUAAGAUACGUCUGACAAAUGGUUUUAUUAUGGUUGAGAUUAAAGGCAAAUGUUGGGUUAGAUAUUUGCGUCACAAAUUAAGAACUAAUAGGACAACCGAAGGUUAGACUAAAACAGUAAGUACUUGUAACAUGUAUUUAUUUGUCUUUACCACAAUAUUUGUAUUAGACUGCAGAAAACUGCCUGCUUUUAAUUUUGCCUCAGCUUUAUCUUUUCACUUAAGUUAAAAAGGACAAAAAGCAACAGAUGUUAAUGUGCCUUUUUGUAGAUUUAUUUGUAAAGAUUUCCUGUUCAAAGGUCAAGGCUUUAAAGAUGCAUUAUCUACACAAGAACUUAGACAAGGAAUAAUACGAAGUACAUUCCAACCUGUUCUCUGAUGGCUGUUAGACACCUUUUCGUUAUAUUUUCAUUAAAACAGACAAAAUAUGGAGCUAAUUGCAUUCUAAUCAAGUAAGGAGUGUCCAGGGCAGUUUCCAAAAACUUUAAUAGACCCUCUUCUGAUCUUGUUGGCCUAAACUUGGUUUCUGCUUUUUCUUAAUUGAGACCUAAUGUGGACUUCACUUUUUUUUCUUGUUAAACUUUUUUGUUGAAAUGAUAGAAGGAUAAACCUUAAGGUUGGUUCAUACUUAAGACUACGACAUAAUUUGUGGUCGGAGUCGAGGGUCUUCGACCCUGUGCGACAGGUCAGAAUUAGUCAUCCACACUCUUGUGACGUGCAUCUUUUUUGGAAAGUCAUACAGCCUUUUACCAUGUGUCUGUGCCCUGAAAUUGCAUAGGGUCAGGUAAUGUUGAAAGAUUUCAAUAUUUGCUGCAUGGUCAGAGUGAAGCUGCAUAGCUUUUAUAGUUGUCUGCGUCUGGUGUAUGGCAUUCAUCUGCGACAGAAGUAUUCAUGAAGGGGAGGUCUUUUAAGCUCACUGUUAACAGGUUUUCUAGGCCGGCAACUCAGGAGUUUAUUUCACUCAUAACCUGGAAUGGUUUAAACCAAGUGUUUUCUUAUACAUCAGAUUAUAUUGUGUUCACAAAUGAAACAGAUAAUGAACCGAAUUUACAUAAACCCUGGCCCCAAACACAAAUCUGCUGUGUCACAGAAUUACAAUAAGUAGUCAAAUAAAGGUAAUGCCAAAAUUCUGUUGCAAAUGGUUCUUGCAUCUAAUGCAUUGGAUGUUAAUCCAUUCUUACUGUAGUUUUAGAUGGGCCAUUCAGUGUGGUAUGUACUUCAAAAGAAAAUGGUUUAAAAUAUUAGCAAAAAUGGAGAAUGCAUCUUUAAAACCCGAAGACAGUCCUGGAUUAUAUCUGUUUAUAAAUAAGAAUCUGUUCCUGUUAACAGUAUAAUCACUAAAUAUGUUAUUAGGAGAGUCUUAUUAGGUUGUAUCCCUCAUAUAUUUUAUUACAAGAUAUACGAAGCUAUGUUUUAUAACUAAACUUUUUUUUUUUUUUUUUAAUGAAAAUGUUAACAGUACUAAAAAGUCCAUACUCCCAGGACAUGAAAUUAUUUUCGGGCCAAAGACAAAACAGCUAAACAGCACUUCAAGCUGUAACAUAGCUGCAUUAUCAUUAAAAGAAAUCAGUUACAAAGUUUAUAAUAAUGUUUUAGUAUUCACAUUGGUAUUAACAUGCUAUAAUUAUAUUGUUGUUUGUUCUACAGUGUUAAAUGUGUUAUGGCAAUGAUAACCAUUUGUUUAUACACAUUUUCAGCUUACUUUAUGUUAUAUCAUUAAGAUUUAUGUAAUGUUUCCUGCUAUCUGCACUGUCUGUUCUAUGUUAUGUAGCUGCCUUCUUUUAAGCCUUCUGUAAAAACUGUGUACCCAUUAUGUAAAUGAAUGUUCUGUAAUUCCUUGUAUAGUCAUUUUCUCUAUUCCAUAAGUACCAGCUCAGAUUAUAAUAAAAUAAGUAUAAUACA